UCCCUCCCUGGCUGCGGGAGAUACGGAGGUAGAGGGAGGACAUAGCGCCGCACGGCUCGCACGAGAGACCUUCCCCUCGCCCUGCCGGCUCCUCACCCUCUGGGAGGAACAUGGAUAAUCUCAGUGAUACCUUGAAGAAGCUGAAGAUAACAGCUGUAGACAGGACUGAGGAUAGUUUAGAAGGAUGCUUGGAUUGUCUGCUUCAAGCCCUGGCUCAAAAUAAUAUGGAAACAAGUGAAAAAAUCCAAGGAAGUGGAAUACUUCAGCUAUUUGCAAAUCUCUUGACUCCGCAGUCAUCCUGCACAGCCAAAGUAGCUAACAUCAUAGCAGAAGUAGCCAAAAAUGAAUUUAUGCGAGUUCCAUGUGUGGAUGCUGGAUUGAUUUCACCACUGGUACAGCUGCUAAAUAGCAAAGACCAGGAAGUGCUGCUUCAAACGGGCAGAGCUCUGGGAAACGUAUGUUAUGACAGUCAUGAGGGCAGAAGUGCAGUUGACCAAGCAGGUGGUGCACAGAUUGUAAUUGACCAUAUAAGGUCACUGUGCAGUAUAACAGAUCCCGCCAGUGAGAAGCUCUUGACUGUCUUUUGUGGCAUGCUGAUGAACUAUAGCAAUGAGAAUGAUUCCCUUCAAGCUCAGCUUAUCAAUAUGGGUGUUAUUCCUACCUUAGUGAAAUUACUGGGCAUCCACUGCCAAAAUGCAGCUCUUACAGAAAUGUGUCUUGUUGCAUUUGGCAAUUUAGCAGAACUUGAAUCAAGUAAAGAACAGUUUGCCAGUACAAACAUUGCUGAAGAGCUGGUAAAACUCUUCAAGAAACAAAUAGAACAUGAUAAGAGGGAAAUGAUUUUUGAAGUUCUUGCUCCGCUGGCAGAAAAUGAUGCUAUUAAGCUACAGCUGGUUGAAGCAGGCCUGGUAGAAUGUCUACUAGAGAUUGUUCAGCAGAAGGUGGAUAGUGACAAAGAGGACGAUAUUGCUGAGCUCAAAACUGCUUCAGAUCUAAUGGUUUUACUGCUUCUUGGAGAUGAAUCAAUGCAGAAAUUAUUUGAAGGAGGAAAAGGCAAUGUGUUUCAAAAGGUGCUUUCUUGGAUACCAUCCAAUAACCACCAGCUACAGCUUGCUGGAGCAUUGGCAAUUGCAAAUUUUGCCAGAAAUGAUGGAAAUUGUAUCCAUAUGGUAGACAAUGGAAUUGUAGAAAAACUUAUGGAUCUAUUGGACAGACAUGUGGAAGACGGAAAUGUAACUGUACAGCAUGCAGCGCUAAGUGCUCUCAGAAACCUGGCCAUUCCAGUUGUAAAUAAAGCAAAGAUGUUAUCAGCUGGGGUCACAGAGGCAGUUUUGAAAUUCCUUAAAUCUGAAAUGCCUCCAGUUCAGUUUAAACUUCUGGGAACAUUAAGAAUGUUAAUAGAUGCACAAGCAGAAGCUGCUGAACAACUGGGAAAAAAUGUUAAAUUAGUGGAGCGUUUGGUGGAAUGGUGUGAAGCCAAAGACCAUGCUGGUGUGAUGGGAGAGUCCAACAGACUGCUGUCUGCUCUCAUACGACACAGUAAAUCAAAGGAUGUAAUUAAAACCAUUGUACAGAGUGGUGGUAUCAAGCAUCUAGUUUCCAUGGCAACUAGUGAACAUGUAAUAAUGCAGAAUGAAGCCCUUGUUGCUUUGGCACUAAUAGCAGCUUUAGAAUUGGGCACUGCUGAGAAAGAUCUAGAAAGUGCUAAACUUGUACAGAUUUUACACAGACUGCUAGCAGAUGAGAGAAGUGCUCCUGAAAUCAAAUAUAAUUCUAUGGUCCUUGUCUGUGCUCUCAUGGGAUCUGAAUCUCUACACAAGGAAGUACAGGAUUUGGCUUUUCUAGAUGUUGUAUCCAAACUUCGCAGUCAUGAGAACAAAAAUGUUGCCCAACAAGCCUCUCUCACAGAGCAGAGACUUACUGUGGAAAGCUGAGACCUGCCCCUCUCUGAUACACAGCGUCAUCCCCUCUCUGAUUGCCCCUUUGUCCUCCAUCCAGCUGCCUCUUCUGCUUCAUUCUCUACCAUAUCACUUUGUGCAUGCAUGUGAUGUUCCAAUACCACUUGAAGAACUACUAUAGGUACUUGCCCAAUAAGAUUUCUAAACCCAUAGUUAGUGUGAACAUGAAUUUGUCAAAACAAGUCUCCACCCAUAACUGUUCUCUUGUAUUCCCGUUACUUGAGCUACAUUAAGUAGAAUGUGCAUGUUGUAGCCCUACAAUGAUGUAAACUUGGUACUACAUAAUGACUUGCUCCUCACACUUGGUAAACUGCAUAAUUAUCUACUGACAAAUUAGAAACACAACAAUGCAGCAGAACCUGUCUAGCUUAUUAAAGAUGGAAUUGAAUAGUAAAAAUAGUUCCAUUUUUGGUGCUUAGGAAGCACAGUGACCAAAAAAAAACCUCUAUGGCUGCUCAUUCAUUAACCUUACCUACUAAGGUCAAACCUAUGAUACCUAGAGUUAAAUCAACUUCCAGUGCUCUCACUCUUUACCCUGUGGUUUCUCCUUUUUCCUAACUAUGUAGGAUAUUGAAACUGCCACAAACUUGUCAAGACUUCCUGAGGUUUUUGAUUCCAUAUUUAAUUGGCCGUCAUCAGUAGCUUGAUGUUGAAAACAUUUGUAGCUUUCAGUGUGAAACUGAGGGGUUCAAGAACCCCUAUUAGAUUAAUGCAUCUUGUUUUUUGGAUUCUAAUAUAUGUGCAUUUUCACCUCAGAACUUCUUCCUUCAGUUAAUUAGCAUCAUCCAAGCCUUGUCUUUAAAAGUCACUUGGCACUUGUUUUCAACUGAGGAAAUUGAGUAUAGUUCAUUGGAGAAUGAAUUUAUUUGCUAUUUUUCAUCAUUCAGUUUGAAAGCAAGAAGUUUCAUUAUUCAUUGCCCUUUUAAAUCUUAUAUUAGAAUUAGCAGGACAUAGAAGGGAUUAAGAAAUAAAUUUGUAGAUAAAGGAAGCAGGUUAUAAAAGCCAUAGUAGCCAGUCCAGUUCAUGACCCCUUACCAGUAGGUGUUAGACUUCACACUUCCACUUUCCCACUGAGAACUGCAAAAGAUUUUAAAGGCUCUAAGAGAGAAUGGCAGAACCAGGACUCAAGAGAUAGCAAAGACUCCCUUGAUGAAAUAUAGUGUGCUCUUCACUGCCACUACUUCCACCAAAUGAAUUUUUAGAACUUCUAAAUGCAAUCUUUUUAAAUUAAUCAGAACAUCUCUGUGAUGCGCCAACCUUCUCCCCAUGCCCAAAUUUGACAACUACUGGCUUAACGGCAAGAUGGCCUCCAUUAUGGAAUGCUGCAGAACAACAGCAUUUUCAGCCAAGGAAGUGACAGAAGCUCCUUCCUCUCCAACAUGAGAUGCUGCACAUCUCUGUGGGGUGACCUAAGUUGAACUCUUAAGACAACUAUAAUUCAAGAAAGUUAAAACCCCAAUGGAGGUAUAAAGAAUCUUUUGAUUGACUGUUCACUUUGAUGUCCAAGAAAGGGGACUAUGUGAGUGUUUAUGCUACACUUACUAUAAGAAUGUUUUUGUUUAUUGUCUUCUGCUGGGCUGGAUAGUGGACUAUAUUUUAUUAUAGGUUUUGAAAGACAUCUGUAAUGUUGCAUAGUAGACUGUCCAUAUUAAUAACUAAAUAAAUAAAUAGUAUAUCAAACUA